AUGACAAAAUACGCUAAAGAAUUAGUUUCAAAUAAACAAUUAAACAGUUUCGUUGAAGCCUUUUAUAAGCAGUCUGAUAGUAAACCUCCAGCUGAAGGCGACAAAUAUGCGAAUUAUUUUGCUCCGGAAGCUACACUUAUUAUGGGGGCAAAUCUGGCCAAUGGUUUAGACGAGAUUAGACAAUUGCGUCAGAAUAUAUGGGCCAGCGUCUCAAAAAGACAUCAUGUAGUGCACAAUGUGGCUGCUGUAAAUGAUACAGAUAUUUUACUCAAUGGCCAUGUUGAUUAUGUUUUGAAUGAUGGUUCAAGUUCAACCAAAUCAUGGGCUGCGUAUAUUGAAUUUGAGUCGCCAGCGCAAGAAAAAAUGAAGUAUUAUCGAGUCUACAUUUAA